AGGGAGAGAGAGAGAGACACACACACACAGAAACACACACACUCAGAGAGGGAGACUCUAGAAACAGAAGCCAAGAAAGAGAACAAAAAAUAGACAACCAAUAGGUGAGAAAGUAAAGUUAAUGAGAGAUAAAAGGAAUUAAAGAUCAAAGCGACAAAGGACAUUCAGAGUAGUGAGCUGCACUGUGGCCAAUUAGAGAGUGCAAGGUGAAGGUGUAAGUGACCUGCACACAUAUACAGGACAGUGAAAGUGAGGUUAGGAGGAAUAGUUGGUUCAACAGAAAGAGAUGGAUUUUGCACCCGAAGAUGUGGAUCGUAAAGGAUCUCUUUCUCUCCGCUCGAAUACUUUGGGAUUUUAUAGUAGACCUACCCUGACCUCAAACUGGUAUCAGCGCAGGGAAGCUGAACCAAAGGAUUAUGAUAUAGAUGAUGUUCAAAUGAAUCAGAAAAACCUAAGACUAUCGACAUAUAAACGGUUUGGAACUCGUGAAGGAGACUGGAGUACUACAACAAAUUCGCAAAUGAAUCAAAUUAAUUUAAAGGAUGACUACAAUAAAAAAAUUCACAAAUUAUUAAUGAACAAGGAAGCUGUAAAAACUUUGGAAUUCAAAAGAGACACUGGGUACCCUGAAAACUAUCGUGCAGUACUACCAAGGCAUAGCCCAGACCACAAUAAAUUCUAUUCAAGUACAACGUACAAUGAUGAGUUUUAUUCUCCUUACACCUAUACUCCAGCUCCUCCCGAGGUUAUUCCGAAUAAGGGUCCUCUGUACAGAAAGUGCAUCUCUCAGUUUAUGGAACCUGCAAACCACCGACGUGAAGGCAGGAACACUUGGCAAGACGAAAGUGGGGCUUAUGCCAACAGUGAGCUCAAGGAUAUAUUCCACCCUCCAAUCAAUCCAAUACCAACUCGUUGUGAUUAAAUAUGUAUUCUUCACAAACUUAAGAUUCAAAAACUUUCAAACUUUCAAACCCAGAAUCCAUUCAUGCACGUGAUCAAUAUGAUUUGAGAUAUUUAACAGCAAACUUGGACAAAUCAGUUGCUAAUACUCUUUCCUUGUCAAACAAUAAAUUAUGUAGAUGGGUGUAUUUUUGUAUUUAUUAUGUAUUUUCUGUGACGCCCACCACACUAAUUCAAACUGCCUGAAUCAAGCUGCCUUAAUUGGCUUCAGAAGUAUUAAGCUUUUUUCUGCCGAAUAUGUUAAAGUACAGUACUGCUGCAUUGCAUUACGUCCCUAAAUAUUCUGUUGGUAAUAAUUAUUAUUCAUAUUUCGUAAUCAGCACUAAGUUGGAGAUGCUAAAGUUGCAACUUAAUGAGUUACAACAUAAAUAAUUAAAAUUGUGACAUAAACGCAAUUGCCAUCACCACUCCCGAACAAUUGACUUCCUCCCUAAUUAGUUUUGGUUUAAAGAAAUACCUGAAGGGAUUUCAUUUCUUGGGUUGCUUCAAGUUAUGUCAAUGUGUACAAAUAAAAUGGAAGUAUGAAAAGGCA